AUAAAUAGAACAACUACAAGGCUCAAAGAAGAAGAUAUCACGUUAAAUAGUGAUUUAAAAGACCUGAACGUUGGUCAAUUGACGAAGGUAAAUUAUUAUUAAGCUUUUCGAUUUUAAUUUCACGUAAUAUAUUUACGCUUUGUAAUUUUUUAGUUUUUUAUUCAAAUACAUUCUUUUAUAUUUUUGACAACAAGGUGGUAAGAGAGGCAAAUGAUUUUUACGUAUUAUAAUUAUAAUUAACAUUGUCAACCAGUGGAGAUGUCUAUUCUAAUACAAAUUAUAAUAUGAGGUGCUGCCAAAGAACUUUGAUUCAUUUUAAGCCACUCCUAUAGUAAAAAUAUGGUAAAGAUUAAAUAAUCAUUAUAAAAGUAAAUUGUAGUUAUCAUAACAAAUUUCCCAGAAUCCUUUGAGGCAUUUUUUUAAAAAGCCUUAUAACUUUGACAAUUUUAUGCGAAGAAGACUUUCAGACAUUUGCCAUAGUAUAUCUUCCGAUGUCAAAUCUAAGGUAAUGACUUCAUUGGUCACGUGGCUAUUUCCCAUUAAUUUUUUUUUCGUUGCUGCGACAAGAUUUCAUUAACUAGUUAAAAUGAAAUGGGAUAUUUGAGGUUUUAGUUGUGUGGGUCGUUUAAACAUAACCCGGCUGUUGACGUCCGGCUUGGCUUUUAUAGAUUGUGCUAUCAUAAUUUUUAGCACAAUUUGAGAAAACUGGCAUAAUUUUUCCCAUUUUUUUAAAACGUAACACUGCUAGCAUAAUUCGCACAUUUUGAAAAUUAUCGGAACAUUUUUGGAUUUUAACAGGCACGCUGAUUCCCAAAUCCCAAUUAUACGUUGACGUUGUUCGAUGUUUUACGAGUAUUUGCAGUUUACUGGGCCCGGAAAUGGGGGCCUGGGAGUAGGGUGUACAGGAAAUGGAAGUCCCAUGGCAAACCAAGUCGGUCCUAAUACCUCCCAUAGGCAAGGCUACAAAAAAGCGUCCGCUGUGCCAGCCGAUUCGAGCGAAAACUUACAGCUCUCUCAGAGAAAUGACGGGCAAGAACCAGCCACAAUUGCCAGAGACCGUUCCUUACAUCAACAAAGGGAAAGUACAGUAGGAUAGGAACAUCUGACACGACGAAAGUUCCAUCACACGAUUGUAUUAACCGGUUCCCAAAUCAGCUAACAAGUUUAAAAAGCUUCUGAUUAAAGAAAAUGUAUUUUUGGACUCAUUUGCCAUGGUUUUUGAAGAGCACAAGUAAAAAAAACAAUAGCAUAAUUUGGACAAAUGAGCAUAAUUUUAGCAUAAUGUGGCCAAAAAGAAAGCAGUGCUACUGGCAUAAUAUGCUACUUUUACCAGCACAGUCUAUAAAAGCCUACGUCCAGUAUUUAAAAUCUAAGGGGGUAAUGAACAUGAGCGAAAAAGUCGUGAGAUUAGGCCAAGGGCUGCAGAGACUCAACCUUUCAUCACACGGCAGAGAAAAUUUGCGUGAAAGUAAUGUUCUACCGCGCCUGAUAAUUUUUCUACAGACGAUAACUUUUAGUUCUAACUGAUUCUGAGAGCCCGGGUUGGAAUCCCCUUGCGGCACCGAAGGAAGACGAAAAAGCUAACCCUUUGUGAACAAAUUAUUUUGAGGUUUAAGCUCGAAGCUUUAUAUGGUGUAAAAUAAUAAUAAUUUACUUUUAUCGGUAUCACUUGUAAUAAUAAAAAUAAUAAUAAUAAUAAAUUAUAUUUUUUUAAAUUUUCAAACCAAAAAAAUAUACUUUAUUAAGCUCUUCUCAAAUUGAAAAUUAAAUACAAACUUAGUAUAGCUAUAGUUAAAAAAGACUUCUUGGUGGUCCGGUGGUUUUCAACAGAGCAAAUGUAAACAACUGUCUAUAAACUAAAAAAUGGAAAUUUCUAUGUACAUCCCAAUAAUAAAGUAUCUAUAGCUGUUGAGUCUAAGGAAGUCCUGCUUAACCCUUCUCUAUUUUUAGAUCCCUGUCCUUAACAUCUAAGUUCCUCCUUCUUUCUUAAUAACAAUAAUAAUAAUAUAGAUUUAGCCAGGGCUAAAAGAGAAGCUCUUGAUAAUAUUUAUAGUUUACUAUAAAAACGUGUAAUGCUAGGCGGCGAAAGCAACGAGAACGGUGGAGAAACAACAAUUGGUCUAUAAAUUAGCAAAAAAAGCAACUUUGCACGUGCAGCACACUUUUUUUUGUGAUUUUUUUUGCCGUUAUUUUGCACAACUACAACGUGAAACUUCCAGAAACUUUCUGAUUACACGUUUUUUGGAGUAAAUGUGGUACGUGUUCUUGUUCAGUUCUUUUCCGCUGUCGCUCAUUUUCACCCUGGUGGCCGCCGGCGUUUCUCAUUUUCUCACCGCCGCUACGAAAUUUCAUUUUGUUUCUCCAACAAAAAUGACUCCUUUGUUUUUCCUAUCUCGCUCUAGCUCUGUUUCUCGUUGAGCUUCGCUGGACUGUCGCCUUACUUUCUCUCUUUCUCUGUCUUUCUCUUUAUCUAUUUUCCAAAUUGUAGGACAUGACAAUUAAUCUAAACUUAAUAAUUUGGACAACACGGAUACAGAAACAUUUUCUGCUUUCCGUUUUUGUCUUUAUUGACUCUUUUCUUGUCUCUGCUUCACAGGACGCAGGUGGCCACACGCUUUCCUGCCAAAAUAACCUGACAUUUGACAUCGGCUUACAUGCAGUGGUUGUACGGACGGUCGGCGUUCGAACGCUACGUCAGAACCAAAUUUACUUUCUUUCAUAGGUUACCAAUUUAUCUUAGCGAUGGAGCUCCGCCACGCGCGCUUCACGCAAGUGGGAGCUCUGCUAAUAAUGGAAACUUUAUUUGUGUUUUGAAAUGUACAAUUGUAAAUCUCGCUACGCAUACGCAAUUUACAAAUGCCGCUUGAGAUUGGAUUAUUAAAAAAAAACGCAAAAAACACACACACAAAAAAAGAAAGCAAAACAAGAAAAGAAAAGAACUAAAAUUGCAUUUAGUCUGGGCUAUCCCAAUUCCUAUUUCUACAACAAAAGAUGUAAUAUGUUGCUCUUAUGGCUAUCUUUAUCAUUUUCUUGAUCAUACAAUGUUGCUGCUUUUUGUCAAUGCCAAUGUCAUUCAUCAUGUCUAUGAAAUAAUAAUAAUAAUAAUAAUAAUAAUAAUAAUUACAUAAUCUAAUAAACUUUUUUUACGUGUGUAAUUUACCAUCUGUUGAAUUACACAUUGUUUUUCUUCUUUUGAUUUCCCUUUUCAGACCCUUUACUCUUUGUGAGUGAUUAGAAAAUAUAUCAGUGGUUUAAUGAGUUUUGGCUUAGUUUUUGUAAAUAUCUGGCAUCAUCGCGGACACUGAGUGUCUUGGAAUUAAUUAUCGUUAUUACUAUGAUCAUUUUUCUGCUGCUAAGAGAGAGAUGAAUUCACAUCUUGUAGCUAACUGUAUAAAUUUGGAAAUAUUCGUCUUAAUUGUUCGUCGUAACGCUGAUUCUACAUUGUUCUUUAGCUAAACACCACUGUUCUGAGGAUUAUUGUCACAUUUAAUCUAAGCGUACUGGCGCAAGACGUCAACGCAUCACUAUCACUCAAGAUAGGAAUACACCUUGAGGUGUCAUUGCCCGAUACCGAAUGAUUUUACACGUCUGUUGUCCUGUUUAAGUGUGUUAAAAUCGUCAAUGUUAUUUAGUUAAUUUACUAAUGUAGUAAAGCUGUUGUAUUGGCUUGAUUUCGAUCGCAGUAUUGUUUUCUUCAUUAAUGGGCAAUGAAUACACCUUAAGACGUCGCUGACUGUUGUCAUUUUGGUUUUGUUUAUUUGUUGUUCUGUUUUUAUGGCUAUUUUAAACAUAUUGUUUGUGUGUUUAUGUGUGUAUUGGAUAAAUUCUACUGGAUAAUUUGCUACAAACUUUUACAGAUUUAUUUUAGAAAUGCCCCAUUUGGGGCUAAGGGCCUUGGAAGAAAGUACGUAAGUAAGUAAGUUAGUAUGUAAUGUAUGUUAAGUCUGUACCUUUAAAAAAAGUUAAUUAUAUAACCACUGAAAUCUUUCUUCAGUUAACGCUGCUAAAUUCAUCGUUAUCUGUCGUUACCGCGUUGGCUAAUGAGACGAAAAGGGACUUCCAAACGUUUAAGUUGAGCAUGGAAAAUUCCCUGUCUACGGUAAGAUUGUACCCUUGUUGUCACACUUCAGCUUUGAUAUUUCAGUCUUUGUGAGACGCUUAGUUUUUACAAAAUUAGACAGAGUUUUAGAGGUGAUGUUAAAAUCGAAUCUACCCGGCGCUCCCUGUGUGGCCGGCUGGAAGUCACUGGCCAAAAUAAACCUUCCCCGGUGGAAACAUCUACUCAAGUACUAUUGUUUAUACAAGCCAAUCACAGACCUUGUUUGCCGCCCCCAAUUGUAUUUUGCAUAACCUUUCUUUUUGUAAUUUCUCCUGAGUAGUAAAGUCGCCUUAAGGAAAAUUAAGACAAAAGUUAUCAUGUCUUUUUUGUUUUUGUCUUUUUUUGUUUUUUGUUACAGUAUUGGUAGCCAGGGCGGUACUGUCAGUGAGCCUGGGUAUCCUGUAGUUCAGCGACCUUUUGUCAAAAGUGUAAUCAUUGCUUCUUAUCUAUACCUCAGGUCUUUAAAAGCCUACAGAACCUUGAAGAAAAUGGGAACCUUACAAAAGACAGCCUUUCCCUGGAUAUUUUCAACACAAAAGAGAUGGUAAAUGCGAUAAUACUCCCAAACUUUGUACUUACUGACUUAGUUUUUGAAGGUUCUAAUUUUAAUUUGCGACUAUACGGAUGCGUGGACACGUCUCUAGAAACCAACCCCAUGGACAAAAAAAGGCCAUUUCCGAGUUCCACUUCGCCCACACACAAAAUAAAUGCAAUUGCUUUAAUUUACACUUGUUUUCUAAUCUUGUUUACAAUUGUACGUAGUUUGACUUAGAUAAACGUUCGACUGAUGAAUACGAUUUCUAACAGAAAUAUUAAUACCCGCUAAGAAAAACCAGACUUGACCAAUCGAAAAAAAAAAAAAAAAAAGAAAGAAAAGAAAAAAAAUAAUAAUUAAGUUGCCGCAAAAUACACAACAUUGCCUAUCCGCAAUGUAAAGUAGUAGUAGCUCACUCUGUCAUAAAUGUCACACAGUACUGGCGCACGGUAUUGAUUUCACUGGAAGAAAUUUUUUUCUGCUUUUGCUCUUGAAACAGCUCUAACAUCAAAACCAAAUUUCUUUUUGUCAAAGUUAUCACAAUGCCUUUUGAUAACUUUUGAAACCUUGACUUUUUUCAACAGCUACAAAACGCUACAGAUAGACUUGAUCGAGAAGACGCCAACGUGAAGUUGCUCUUGAGUGAAAUUAACAGCACCCUCUUCUUAAAGGUAAUGUUGUCAUUUCCUUACAAAUAUAUGGCUUUCCCUGUAGACUUGCAGUUCUAAUUUUGUCCAUUUUCACAGCUAUGAUAUACUUUCCCUAGAGGAAUGACGACAGGGCAUGAGGGAAAACGCUUCCUGUUAUCUCAGGGGACCAAGGAAAAUACGCUGGGUUUUUCUGUUUAUCAAAGAACUAUUAGUGUGUCAUACUGUAGAUUAAAUUCUUUUUCCCACUCUCUAAUAGCCACGAUUUAAAAAUUGAGACCCCAAUUUUCAUAGCAAUCAAAAUAAUCACCAUUGAUAUCCUUGACGCAACAAUGCAAGUGGCCUCGAGCUGUGUAACUAAGGCAGAUUUUUGUUGUUCUUGUUCUUUUCCUCUUGUUGGUUUUCAUCUCUCUAACGACCUGUGCAAUGUAGGGAAACGAAAAACAUAAAAAAGAUAGAAAUCUAUGCAUUUCUUUCCAGAUAGAGAAUGUCAGCAAACUUCCGGGCCCAGUCGGUCCUCCUGGCGUAAACGGCUCCCAAGGCCCUAUAGGUCCAGCAGGACCUCAAGGAUUUAACGGAUCCCAGGGUGCAAUAGGUCCCCAGGGAUUCAAUGGUUCCCAAGGACCUAUUGGACCACAGGGACCCCAGGGUGCUGGGGACUUCUCUUUAUGUGAAUAUGUGAGCACCUCUUCAACGGGAAGUCAGAAUCCAGUAACAAGCAUUAACCCUGCUACUAGUAUUCAAGUAACUCUCGGGGAACCAAAUGUAAGUCUAUUAUUUUUGUUGUUAUUAAUUAUUAUUAUUAUUUUUUUAAAAAUAUAUUUUGGGAUUAGAUUUUUUUUCUUCUCCUGUGUUAAUUAAGAAUAAGUCCAUGAAACAUUCAGAGCUUUUUGAGAAUACAUUUAUAUGAAAAAGCUCAGUAGCUUUUAAAUGCAACUCCUUUUGUAGAUCAUUUACUAGUUUUUUCUCCAUUUUAUAUAGCUUCCUUCUAUCGAGUUUGUAACAUUAGAUAUGAGUUUACCUAGUUAUCAAUCGAGAAUUAUUAUUCUUAAAAAUAAUAAUAAUAUUAUUAUUAUUAUUAUUAUUAUUAUUAUUAUUGUUGUUGUUGUGUGUUCUUUAUAGUGAUUUCACUUAACCCGUCAGUACAAUACUAAGCACUAUUAUGCACUAAUUCUAAUGUCUUCUUUGGUUUAUUUGUAGCUAUUUUGCGCUAGUUAUUAUCGGUCUCACGGUUUAAGUAAAAUCACACUUAACGUUUGUGCUCAUUCAGCGAAAGUAAUUAGUUUGUCUAUCAAGUUUAAAUAAACUCGUGGAUUAAAAAUCUACUUAAAAAUUGCUAAUACUUGUCUGAUUGUGAUAAUAUAAAAUGCUCCUUGGUUAAAACUAAGCUAACGAUAUAACUACAAAAUCGUACAUGUAUAAUUCCGUUUGACGCUCUCUAGGCCGAUAAGUCCACUGGGCUCGCGCGUUCAAAAUAAAUUGCGAUUAUUAUUGUUUUUUUUUUGUUGUUUUUGUUUUUUGUUUUGUUUUUAACCUGUUGCCAGGUUGUUGUUGUUAUUAUUAUUGUUAUUAUUAUCAUAGUUUUUUUUCUACAACAAUUACAGAAAAAAAGAAAGAAAGAAAAAACAUAAAAUAUAAUAACGGAAAAGAAAAGAGGCAUUAAUGCUACGACUAUCACUACGUACAUCAUUUUUAUUCCAAACAAGACAUAAGUUGCGACUAUGUCUGUUAACAGGAACAAUUCCUUCGUGCAGAGAAGAGCAUAUCUCUCAUUUUUAUCCUUUUAGGACAAAAGAAUAGUUGCUGUGUCAUGCUCCACGGACCGAGCCCAGAUGUAUCUUCUUUCAAGCCAAAUCAACCCAUCAGACGGCCAACGGUUUUAUUUCUGCGACUGUUUUGGACAUUUUGAUGGUGGAUCGCAGUCUGUGACUUGUUUUAUGAACUACUGGCUUUGCCCUCUUUCUACAUAA